AUGUCAUUGCUGGAUGCGUAUCGCUCAGAGAAACAAACGGCUCGACGAAGAGGAAUGUUGAAUGUGCGAUUUCGUCCAGUUAUGCACCUCAAAGGUGACGAUGAUUGGAGAAAGCAAGUCGGCGCGGAAACGUUGACUGACCAAAUGAUGGAUGAGAACGGUAUCGUAUUCAAUGUAAGUCCAACAAACAAUAAUCGUGUGAAUAGCAUAUUCUCCGGACCUGGUGGAAGAGGAUCCAAAAUUGGUACCUGA